CCGCCCAUCGAUUCUUGUCAAAGUAUUCCUUCCGCGCCGGCCAAGUUAGCUAGGAGUACCGGCAGCAAUGGGCUCCAAGGCUGCGCCGCCGCCGUGCCACGUCGUGGCCGUGCCGUACCCUGGCCGGGGUCACGUCAACGCGAUGCUGAACCUGUGCCGCCUCCUGGCCGCCCGCGACGGCGUCUCCGCCACCGUCGUCGUCACAGAGGAGUGGCUCGGCCUGCUCGGCGCCCCGGCGGCGCUGCCGGCCUUGGGGCCGCGCGUCCGCUUCGAGACCAUCCCCAACGUGAUCCCCUCCGAGCACGGCCGCGCCAACGACAUGGUCGGGUUCCUGGAGGCCGUGUACACCAAAAUGGAGGAGCCGUUCGACCGGCUCCUCGACCGGCUCGCGCCGCUGGCUCCCGCGGCAAUCGUGGCCGACGUGUUCGUCCCGUGGACCGUGGCCGUCGGUGUGCGGAGGGGCGUGCCGGUGUGCGUCAUGUGCCCGCUGAGCGCCACCAUGUUCGCGGUGCAUUACCACUUCAACCGGCUGCUUGUGGCAGCCGGCGGCAGCGCUUCUCCGGUGGCUGAGAUCGCCGAUGGCACUGAUCCUUGCUUGAUCGAAAACUACAUUCCUGGCACGAAAUCAAUCAGACUAAGCGAUAUUGAGCCCACACAUGCCAACACCAACACCAACAAGUCACUUCUAAAGAAAGUCCUCGAACCCUACUCUAAUCUGAGAAACGCACAGUGUGUCAUGGUGACCUCCUUCCACGAGCUCGAGAGCGGCGCCAUUGACUCGCUAAGGCAAGAACUGUCUUUCCCAGUGUACGCAGUUGGCCCUUGUAUCCCCUUCAUGGCACUCCAAGAACACAAGGCCAGUCCGGUGGGAGAAGGCCACAUGGCGUGGCUGGACGCACAGCCCGUUGGCUCAGUGCUGUACGUCUCACUCGGCAGCUUCCUCUCGGUGUCAUCCGCCCAGCUCGACGAGAUCGCCGUCGGCCUCGCCAAGAGCAAGUCCAAGUUCCUGUGGGUGCUCCGCGACGCCGAUGCGCGCUCCCGUGUCCGAGGCUUGGUGCACGGAUGCGACGCCGGCCUCGUCGUGCCGUGGACCGACCAGCUGAAGGUGCUGUGCCACCCUUCCGUCGGGGGGUUCUUCACCCACUGCGGCAUGAACUCGACGCUCGAGGCGGUGUACGCCGGCGUGCCGAUGCUGACGCUGCCCAUAGCGUUCGACCAGCCGACGAAUAGCCGCCUUGUGGUCGAGGUAUGGAAGACUGGACUCGACCUCAAGGAGAAGGCCCGGGCCGACGGCGUCAUCGGGAGAGAGGAGAUCGCCGCGGACGUGGCGAGGCUGAUGCACAGUGAUGCCGCGGAGGCCGAGGACAUGAGGAGGAGAGCAACGAUGCUGAAGGACGCGGCUCGCGCUGCAUCUGAAGAGGGUGGAUCCUCGUGGAAAGAUAUCACGUCUUUCAUCAACUUCAUUUCACAGUGAGAUCUCCGAAUGUUAAAACUUACAGCAGUAGAAGACGCAGCAAUCUACUGGUGUAAUUGAAGUGUUGUGAUUGAUUCUCAGUGAGUCUUGUGAUAUCUGACCUGAAUCUUAGCAGAAUCUUCUGUCAGGCAAGAAUAAAAACGCUGCUU